GCACCGCCUUAUUAUAAUAAGGCCUUGUAUUGUCACCCCUCGCAAAACCUCACCUGAACACUCUCCCCGAGUCUGCACGUCGCGCUAGUGCAUGCCGCCCUUUCAUCGUCACCGCAGAUAUCAUAUGAAAAUAGAACAGUAACCAGCUCAGUGGAACGAGCACAAUCGGGUCCAUUUGCGCGCCCACAACUCCACAUCCACACCGCUGCUCAGUUUUGCCUGAUGCAUUUUAUAAGAAAGUGCUGAAGUGCUCAAUAUCUCCACACCCUGCCAGCCAUCAUGGUGGCAAACAGCAGCAGCUUGGACCUGCAGCGGCGUGCCCAGGGAGUCGGGCCCCAAGGCCCCGAUGCCCCCGCAGCCCCAGCCCCAGCCCCAGCUCUUCCCGACGUGCUGUGCGUUCUCGACAUGUGCGCGCUUGUCGCGCUGUGCCAGAGCCUCUCUGAACGCGAUCUCGCGAAUGCACGCCUGGCUUGUCGGGCGUUGCGCAACGCUGUCAGACAGGGUGUCCGGCAGCUCACCGUGUCGGUCUCGCAGUCACUGGCGCAGAACUGGCGGCCGGGGCAGCGCUCGCCGCUGUCGCUGUUUCCCUGGUGCGAGGACGUCAGCAUCAGUGUGGACACCAACAUUUGGGACACAAGUCGCUCAAGCGACGGUGAAAGCAGCGAUGACGACGAGGGGGAAGCGGGUGAGGGCUACGGCGACAGCGGCUACGGCCACCACCACACCGCCCGCCUGGCCCUAGCCGGUGUCAGCGCGCAGGCGCUCGGCCGCAUCAGGCGCCUCACUAUCGUAAAUGAUUACGAUUCAAGACGUGGUUUUGAUCUGGAGGCCGUGGUUUGCACGUUCGUACCGCAGCUGCCGGGGCUUGAAGUCCUGGACGCGAACGAUGUGCGGCAACUGGAGGGCAUGGAAGCAGCCGACCGCGCGCGCCCCACCAUGAUUUACCAAGCUCUGGCGCAGCACUGCCCCCGGCUGCGCUAGCUGCGGCUGCCGGCGGUUCCCGGCAUGCUGCACGGCGUGGGCGCGCUGGCGGCCUGUGCCGGCCUGGCGGAGCUGUAUUGCGCCGAGUCCUUCGCGGGGUGGGACGGUCCUGCGGUGCUGGGCGCGGCGGAGUUGGAGGGCCUGUCGCAGCUGACCCAGCUGCGCACCCUGAAGCUGCGCUGCCACGACCGC